AUGCCUCGGAUAGCACCUAUAAUCGCAAGGAAGGCAGCUGCAUUCGUCGUGUUUCUGUUAUGCGCUGCUUUGGAGCGCUCAAGUGGGCUAUUAGUACGAUCUAAGCUGGCAAAUGGAUACCAGAAGGCGAUUCAACGGUCAUUUGCCAUGGCUGGAUUCCUCACGACAACAGGGCUACAAUGCUGCCAUCCAGAAGAUACAGCUCAAAACGGUUCACAUAUAGGUAUAUUAGGUGAUGGAAGUCUACUACGGCUGCCGAGAAAUGAUAUAUAUUCGACCGAAUUGCACAGCUGUGACCCGCAAGAUGCAGGUAGCGUUCAUGGACCGUAUACGUAUCAUUCAUUCAAGGUAUACGCGCAACCUGUUAUAGGGGAUAAAUCAUUCCCCAAAUCGCUAUAUCCAAAGCACGCUACUGUAGAUUAUGAAAACCUACUGAGGUCUCAUGAUCCAGAACAAAUCAAUUAUAACACAAGAUUGAGAGAUAUGCCGGGUGUAGACAUGAGCGCAAUUGACGACGUAUACGGCCGUAUAUAUGAUCGCAAAGUGCUCAUAAAGCAGCUUCGAUAUUUCCUCGAACGAGAUGAAUUUCACUCCAUCAAAAGGCUCUUAAGUGAAAACAGACUGGUACUCAGCAAGGCAGAUUGCAAGCUAUUUGCCCACGAUGUGGACCAUCUGCUACAAGUAAGAUUGGGAUAUACCGAACCAACAGAGGAAAACAUAGACAAAACAAUGCCAUUUCUAGUGGCACGUUAUGUGUUACAACAUCUUAUACCACAGGACCGCAAUACACUGUGCUGUUAUAAGUGGAUAGAACCCAAAUAUAACCCGGUAGAUGUACCAGAAUAUACAGAAGAUUACGAGGAACCUAAAGGGACACCAGAAAAUCCGAUAAAGGUAGAGGACACCGUAGCAUACAGGAAAAUCAUGCAUCGAUUACGAGCGGUACAGCCUUAUUUGCGUCUAAAACUAAUGAAGGAACUGUUCCUUCGCAUCUAUAGAGCAAAGCGGAACAAACUAUUAGAGUGUCUAUGGAAAUAUCAGAGACUAAAGCCGGAUCCAGAAAAGGCUCGAAAACGUAAAGUUCGCAAUAAAAUCAACGUCGAUCGCAUAUCACCGUUUUUAGCAAGACCUGUUAGAUGCACGGAUGAAAUGGUCCGUGAGUACACGGCGCAUUUCGAGGAAGCUGUGAACAAGGGUGAUUUGGCAACUGCUUGUAGAUUACUUAAGAGGUAUGUCCGACGCAUCGAUUUGAAGAACAAUAUUCAACUGAUGCUCAAGUUCAAAGGCCUUUUUGCUGAAAUGCACAAAUGUAGGAAAUACAGUCUCGAGGCGUUACGUAAACUGCGGAUACUAUAUUGGUCAACCGUGAAAUUCAGGAAAGUGCUUAUCAAGAUUACCGAACCUGCAAUGGUCCGUGACGCUGGACGCACUAUGAAGGAGCUAUACGAAGAACAACUCGAACUAUGGAGGAAACGUACUAACGCCAAGAAUGAUGAGCUCAUGCGUAAACGGGGAGUUGACAUGGACAAGGUCCGCGACUUCUCGAAUAUUUAUGGAUUCGACUGGGUACCUAUUCUCUAUCCGAAAGAAUACGAGGAGGGUCUCAAGGCACAUGAGAAGCGUAUGGAAAAGCUUAGAAGGAAGGCUGAAUGGGUAAGACAGGAAUUGGAAAGGCGCCGUGCGCUUGAAAUGGGUGAAGGAGAUGAACCCGUACGCAAAAAAGGGAAGACACCGACACAAUGGAUAUGA